AUGGCGCGCCGGGUCCGAAAGACGCCGUGGAGCCGCACGGGAUGCAGUACGUGCAAGCGGAGGAGAAAGAAGUGUGAGUCUCCUUCUGCCAUUUCUAUUUCGAGCGGGCGUCGCGGCAUGUGUUUGGGGGCUGUAUGGACUCGUGUGCGUGAGACACGGCAGAAGACAGAGACACCAGGCAGCGAGAGAGAAACAACAGAGACUAUGGAUUUGACUGACGCUGAGAACUGCAGGUGUCAGACAUGCCUGCGGCUGGGCCUCGAAUGCGUACAGUUCGACAUCUUCUGUCCCAUCAACGUUGUUACACCGACACGCGAAUCCCGGCCGUCUAGAGCGGUGACGGACGCCGACCCGGAGCCAGAUCCGGAGGAAUCGAAUCACUCGAGCCCGGCAUCGACAUCAUCGGGGUCUUCCGGCGGCACGGCAGACGACGCAGAGUCCAGCAGCGAGCCGGCGGAAUGGCAGAGCGUCUCUUCUUCCUCUUCCGCGCUGGUGCCGUCGACGGCUCGACGGAGGCUCUCGCAGUCGUCGUCAUCGUCGCGGUCGUCACAGUCGCAGUAUGAGUCGCAGUUUCAGCUACAAUCAUCACCGCACCAACACCAACAUCACCAACAUCAUCACCAGGUGGCCCUGCGGACUCGCGGCGGCUCGCGGGACGAGCGGCCGAUGCCAUCGCUUUCGGCCUUUUCAUACCUGUCUACGAGCGAAUACUUCUUUCUGCAAUACUACCUGGAGCGGCUGAGCAACGUGCUGGUCAACGCAAACAGCUUCGUCAACCCGCUCAAGCAGCUCAUCCUACCGCGGAUCGCCUCGUCGAAUCUGCUACUCGACGCAAUCUGCGCCACCGCAGCUGUACAUCGAUCGAGUGCAAACGACGUCGACCGGUCAGAAUACUCAACCAUGGCGACGCGGUACUACGUCCGCGUGCUGUCGGCCGUGCGGGACUUGAUUCCGAGAGUGACAAACAGUUCAAGCGGUGCCUCUGGCUCUGGUUCCAGCAGCAGGAGAAGAGAGCUGAUAACUGAUGGUAGAGAGUCAAGUCCCGUCGAGAGCGAAAGCAGCGGUGACUACGGUAACAGUAACAGCAAUGGCAAGGGGAAAAUAAAGAACAAGAACAAGAGGAAGGUCAUCAUCGAGGACAAGGACACGGCCGAGAUGGCCAUUCUGGCGUCCAUCUUCCUGUGCAAAUACGAAAUCAUCAAGGACGGCGUGGAGAACUGGCGCUUCCAUCUGCGAGGCAUCGAGUCGCUGUGCCAGUCGCUGGACGCGGAGCAGCAAGCUUCCAUGUCGAAUACGCUGGCCUACGUCCGUAGUUUCAUGUCGUAUCAUAAGAAUAUUGCUCGCGUCACAGAAUACGCGCCGCACUUCAGAGAAGAGGAAUUUGAGCAUGAGCCAUUCGAGAUUGGCACGCUGUUUCCAGUUGACCCGUACAUGGGCUUCUCGCAGAGCCUCAUUAUUCUUCUCGGCCGCGUCAACGACCUCCUCGUGAUAAACAUACGAGAUGAACCGUAUAAAGUGAAGGCAGAAGUGGAGGAAAUAUUAAGCCUGCUGGCCAGGAGAAGCUGGAGUGCGGAUCGGUUUGCCAUUCCUGAGGGCAUGGGUCCCUCAACGAUUGAAAACUCGUCACAUAUUGCUGAGGCGUAUCGAUGUGCCGUCAUUGCGUGUAUUCAUGCCGCGCUCGAGAUUCUGGCGGAGAGAGAAAGAGACGGCGCCAUUUAUUCCCCACUGGAGCCGAUGGAGGAGCUCUCAUUACAAUCCCAAUUGCAGUCAACAAUCCCCAUCCCAAUCUCCAUUCCCAUCCCCAUAGACUGGGCAUCCCUGCAUGCCCUUUUGCCCUUAGAAAAGGCCGAGGCCUUGACAGACUGUCUGGCGGCGGUGGCGCGGGUUCCGCUUGGAUGUCCGGAAGAGGCCGGUCUGUUGCCGCUGCUGUUUAUCGUCGCGUGCGAGACCAACCGACAGGACCAGGCAAAGGAGGCGCUGCUGCGGGUGGAAGCGCUGGGGAGCCACAUUGGGCUUGGGAACGUGCGAUGUGCGAGCCUGUUGCUGAAGGAGGUUUGGGUGAAGAAGUCGGUGCAGAAAGACUUUCACGACUGGCGGGGGUUGCUGGCCAAGGUGAAGUGGGAUCUCAUCAUUACUUGAUGAAUGGGGAGACCGACGUCUUUGAGGGAUGAUGAUCGUUCAGAUGUCAUGAUAGAGCGAUC